AAUUUUCCAGGUAAAUUUCAAAUAAGUUGAAGUUAUUUAAACAAUUACCAAUUAAAGUUAUCAUGCUUAAAGCUGCUUUAAGGAGAGGAGUUUCUAAGCCAUCAUGCUUAAGUUCUAUAAGAUUUAGUUCAUCAGUUGCUGCUCAGUAUUUCCCUAAUGAACCAAUUAAACCACAAUUUGUUAGUGAAACAAUUCCUGGUCCAAAAUCUCAAGCUUUAAAUAAUGAAUUAGGUGAAGUUUUUGAUAAUAGAGCUACUUAUUUUGUUGCUGAUUAUGUUAAUUCUUUAGGUAAUUAUAUUAGUGAUGUUGAUGGGAAUAAAUUAUUAGAUGUUUAUUGUCAAAUUGCAUCAAUUCCUUUAGGUUAUAAUAACCCAGCCCUUAUUGAAGCUGCCAAAUCAGAUGAUAUGUUAUAUGCCAUUAUUGAUCGUCCAGCUUUAGCUUGUUUCCCAUCAUCCAAUUAUAAACAAAUCUUACAAGAAGGGAUUUUAGCAGCUGCACCACCUGGUAUGACAAAAGUUUGGACUGCAUUAAGUGGUUCCGAUGCUAAUGAAACUGCUUAUAAGGCAGCAUUUAUGUAUCAACAUGCUCAUAAACGUGGUCUGUUAGAUUUCACUCACGAAGAAUUGACCAGUGUUAUGAAUAAUAAGGCUCCUGGUGCAUCAGAUAUGGUCAUUUUAUCAUUUGAUAAAGGAUUUCAUGGGAGAUUAUUUGGAUCAUUAUCAACUACUAGAUCUAAAGCUAUUCAUAAAUUAGAUAUUCCAGCAUUCCCAUGGCCAAAAGCACCAUUCCCAGCUUUAAAAUAUCCAUUAGAAGAGUUUAAACAAGAAAAUCAUGCAGAAGAAGUUAAAUGUUUAGAAGAAUUUGAAAGAAUAAUCGUUGAAGAUUAUAAGCCUCAUAGUAUUGCAGCUAUUAUUGUUGAACCAGUUCAAUCAGAAGGAGGUGAUAAUCAUGCUACAUCAUUUUUCUUUCAAGGAUUAAGAGAUAUUACUUUAAAACAUGAAAUUUUAAUGAUUGUUGAUGAAGUUCAAACUGGGGUUGGAGCCAGUGGUAAAUUUUGGGCUCAUGAACAUUGGAAUUUAACCACUCCACCAGAUAUGGUUUCAUUUUCUAAGAAAUUCCAAGCAGCUGGAUUUUAUUUUAGUAAUCCAGAAUUACAACCAAAUCAACCUUAUAGACAAUUUAAUACUUGGUGUGGAGAUCCAUCUAAAGCUAUUAUUGCUAGAGCUAUUUAUCAAGAAGUUUCUAAACAUGGACUUGUUGAAAAGACUGCUCAAGUUGGUGAUUAUUUAUAUGAUGGAUUAAAACAACUUGUUAAUAAAUAUUCCAGUAAAGUUUCUAAUUUAAGAGGUGAAAAUUAUGGUACAUUUAUUGCAUGGGAUUGUUAUGAUGCGGAUGUUAGAAAUAAGGUUUUAUUAGAAAGUAGAAAACGUGGAGUUAAUAUCGGAGGUUGUGGAGAUGUAUCUAUUAGAUUAAGACCAACUUUAACAUUUGAACGUAAACAUGCUGAAAUUUUAUUACAAGUAUUAGAAGACGUUUUCAGAGUAGUUUAAAAGUUUAUAGUAAAUGAAUUAAUAAUUAAAACUGAUA